AUGGAUUAUGAGGACGAUGAAGACCAGGCGCCUGAGCAGCUGGGACGGGAGAAGAUUGACACUGUUCUGAGCGCUCAGAGCACUGCUCUGCUUGGUGUCAUCCAUGACAUUGAGCAUAACGAUGUCUUCCGGCUGGAUUUUAAAGUGGAAUGGGCCUUGCGAGAAGAAACCAAAAACAUUGUGAAAAGAACAUUCGUUCUCAAACAAACCGGUUCGACGUUCAGAACUCCCAUGUCCGGGGAAACAUCCUCGAGCGAGGUCUUCAAGCUUGCUUUGAGCUGGAUCACACAGUGCGAUCAAAGAUGUGAUCCACCCUGCGCAAAGCUGGAACCGGUCUGGUAUCCAACUCGUCUGAUUGAUAUAAGGGCCCUCAAGUCCCAAACUUACCUGGACACCAGGCGGAAGCAAUACACGGGCAACGUGCCUAAUGGGGGACGGACUCUACAGGAUUUGAACAAGAUCACCGUCAAGCUCGUGGAAAGAGUCCGCGGGGAUCCUCAAAAUGGCCUGGAUGUCUUCGGAGAGGCCGUGGGCAAGACCAACCAGCCGAACAAUCUCUAUGUCACACUGAGUCAUUGCUGGGGUAAGUCCCAGCAUUACACGCUCAACCCCGAUACUGCAGCCGACCUAAAAGAGGGAAUCGAGAUUGAAAAGCUUCCAAAGACAUUCAGAGACGCCAUAAGCUUUGCCUCGCAACUGCACAAUGUUGGUUGGAUAUGGAUCGACUCUCUCUGCAUCUACCAAGGCGGCCCUGAUGUCGACAAAGAUUGGCUUGAGGAAGCCGCUCUGAUGCAACGGGUAUAUCGGGAGUCGUACCUCAACAUAUCGGCCACUGCUGCUUCCAACAGUGGCAUGGGCCUCUACUCAGAGCGUGACUGUAGGACUCUCUGGGAGAACGAGGUCAGUUUGAAAGUCGACGGUAUACCUGGUUUAGCGCUGUGCGAGGACGAGCACAAGCACAAUCACAGCAGUAGGGUGACAGCAGCGAAGCCUGGGAGAACCUCCCUUAGUUCGUCUUUCUGUAAAAUGUUCACGCAACUCUUCAGCGCCCCCAAGACAGACCUUCGCGAGGACGCCGAAACAACGGCGAAGAUUGAUUGGGGUGGCGAAAAACCUCUAACUUUGGCCCUGCCGGAACCGGAAGGACUUCGGAGAUGCGUCCUUAUCGACACAUCACAUUGGGAUAACUUGGUCAACAAGGCUCCUGUCAACGUUAGAGCUUGGGUGCUCCAAGAACGUCUUUUGGCUCCUAGAGUUCUGCAUUUUUGCAAAGGCAGCAUUGCGUGGGAGUGCGGCGGGUUCACGCGGGCAGAAGGCCAUCCUACAGGUUUGCCCAAAUUCCAACUACAGCACGACAGGAUUCUGCCAGAGGUAUCACUCAAGGGGUUGAAUCCCUUCAAGCAUGGCAAGGAAUUGCGCAAGAUCAGACUGGGAGAUAUCAAUGAGCCAGAUCCUCAUAUACCGGAAGAACUUCUAUACGGAUUCGAGCUAUGGGCGCGUGUGGUGGAGACGUAUUCCAGGUUGAACUUGACAAUGGCCAAAGACAAGCUUAUUGCUCUGUCUGGGAUCGCUCAGCUCAUGUCAACCAACAUUCUUGGCUCCAAAGAGGACCCAGCUCAGUAUGUGGCUGGCCUCUGGUACAAAUAUUUGGAGAGCCAACUCCUCUGGAGGGUGGAGCCAACCUUUAUCCGGCACAACCGAUCAUUUCAUCAGCCUGGCCGCCGCCCAAAAGAUUACCGAGCACCGUCAUUUUCCUGGGCAUCUGUCGACGCACAAAGGGGUGUCGGCGACAAACCAGGCAACGGAGUUACAUACGGCGAGAUCACGGACCGAGACUUGCUCAUUGAUCUUGAAAAGGGUCAGGAUCACGUUGUAAUCAAGACACAGACGAAGAAUUCGUUUGGUCUGGUAAUGGGCGGUCACAUCAUGGUUUAUGGGAAACUAAGGAAAAUCAGACUGUCCAGAGGCGAGCGAGGAAGGUUCUACUGGCGAUUACUCGACCGUAACGGCGUCUGUCCCAAGAUUGAUAAGGAAAGACACCACAAUGUCUACCUCGACGCCCCAGAUGACGAUGAGAAGCUGCACCACAUAUUUGAGUCGGACAACGUUUACUGUCUCCCAGCGGCGCGGGGUCCAAGGUCCGAGGAUGAAGAAUCAAAGUACAUCAUCUGCCUGCUCUUGCAGCAAGCCGUUGGCGAUGACCAGAUCAAAGACUUGGAUCGUACACAGCAAAAAGGCACUUUCCGCCGUAUCGGCCUGACGAAGCUCUCUGGAUGGGGUGACAAGCACACGUACGAACACAUUCUAACGCCUCACGCGUCUGACACUUCGCUGCCGCAUUGGCCGUUUGGCUUCGACACAACCACGAACCGACACUUGAUUCGCAUUAUCUAA